CACAUGCAGAUUACAACUCUGGGUCGGAUUUGUAUUCAGUAGGGUUAGUUUUAAAGGUGUUUGCGAUUCAUUUAUUGUCUGUUUUCCUGCAUUGAAUCACGUGACUUAGUUGUGUAUGAAAAGACGGCCACAUCAUCAGAAUUGUUAGCAGUGAUCCAGUAUGGCAGAAGCUCAUCAGGCUGUGGCCUUCCAGUUCACCGUUGGCCCUGAUGGCAUUGACCUUCAGCUCAGUCAUGAGGCUCUUCGACAGGUCUACCUCUCUGGACUUCACUCCUGGAAGAAGAAAUUCAUUCGCUUUAAGAAUGGGAUUUUGAAUGGGGUGUACCCAGGGAGCGCACCUGGGUUCAUGCUGGUGUUAGCAGGGUACUUGGGAAGAGCGCAUUACUUAAAAGUGGACCCUUCCUUAGGCCUGUUCGGCAAACUUGGCAAACUUGUCCCGGUCAGUAGGUAUAUGUCUGCACAAAAGCAGAUGUUAGUUGGGGGUGUCAUGGUGGGAACGGGUCUGUGGAUUGCCAUCAUAUUUUGCAUGAGGACUGUCCUGAAGGGUCUGCUGUCCUGGCAUGGCUGGAUGUAUGGUGCCCGUGGCAAAAUGACCUGGAAACUUCAACUAUGGCUUGUGCUAGUGAAGAUUUUUUCUGGCAUGCAAAGACCAAUGCUAAACAGCUUCCAGACAUCGCUCCCUCAUUUACCUUUGCCAUCUGUGAAGGACACCAUGAGAAGAUAUCUUGAAUCAGUCCGGCCACUGCUGAGCGAUGAGGAACACCAAAGAAUGCAGAGUCUUGCACUUGACUUUGAGAAGAACCUUGGACCAAAACUUCAGUGGUACCUCAAACUGAAGUCUUGGUGGGCCACCAAUUAUGUCAGUGACUGGUGGGAAGAAUAUAUCUACUUGAGAGGUCGUGGUCCAAUCAUGGUUAACAGCAACUACUAUGUAAUGGACUUUCUUUAUGCCUUUCCCACACAUCUACAAGCAGCAAGAGCCGGCAACGUCAUUCAUGCAAUCAUGGUUUACAGAGGGAAGCUGGACCGUGCUCAAAUCAAGCCGCUUAUGCUUCAAAACACCAUCCCCAUGUGCUCGUCCCAGUAUGAGCGCAUGUUCAACACCAGUCGCAUCCCAGGCAUAGAAACAGACUCCGUUAAGCAUAUGUCUGACAGCAGGCAUAUUGUGGUGUAUCAUCGGGGCCGUUACUUUAAAGUAUGGUUGUUUUAUGAUGGGCGGUUACUGUUGCCACGGGAGAUAGAGCACCAGAUGGAGAGGAUCCUGGCUGACACGUCAGAGCCACAGCCUGGAGAGGAAACCCUCGCCGCCCUCACCGCAGGGGACAGAGUGCCUUGGGCAUGUGCCCGUAAUGCCUACCUCAGACACGGCAAGAACAAGAAGUCUCUGGAUGCUGUUGAGAAGGCUGCUUUCUUUGUUACACUGGAUGACACAGAGCAGCGCUAUGAUCCAGAAAACCCUGUGGAGUCCUUGGACCGUUAUGCUAAAUCACUGCUCCAUGGGAAGUGUUAUGACAGGUGGUUUGAUAAGUCCAUAAACUUCAUUGUCUUCAAAAAUGGAACAAUGGGCCUUAAUGCAGAACACAGUUGGGCUGAUGCUCCAAUCGUUGGCCACCUCUGGGAGCAUGCGCUCUCAAUGGACCCUGUUAAGCUGGGCUACACAAAAGAUGGCCACUGUAAAGGAGAACCUCACCCUAAUCUGCCUGGACCUCAAAGACUCCAUUGGAAUAUCCCAUCUGAGUGCCAAACUAUGAUUGCCAACUCUCUGUCUGUGGCCAAGGCUUUGGCUGAUGAUGUGGACUCUCAUAUCAUCCCCUUUAGUGAUUUUGGAAAGGGCCUGAUCAAGCAGUGCAAGACCAGUCCAGAUGCCUUCAUCCAGCUCGCACUGCAGCUGGCCCAUUAUAGGGACAAACGAAAAUUCUGCUUGACUUAUGAGGCAUCCAUGACACGUUUAUUCAGAGAAGGCCGUACAGAAACUGUGCGCUCCUGCACCGUGGAGUCCUGUGCUUUUGUCCAUGCCAUGACCAACAAUGAGACGAGAGAAGAGAAACUUCGUUUACUGAUCAAGGCCUCCGAGAAACACCAGCAGAUGUACAGAAUGGCAAUGACUGGUCAUGGCAUUGACCGCCAUCUCUUUUGCCUCUACGUAGUGUCUAAGUACCUUGGACAGGACUCCCCUUUCCUCCAAGAGGUGCUGUCAGAGCCUUGGAAACUCUCCACCAGUCAGACUCCCCUACAGCAGGUGGAGCUGUUUGACCUGGCGAGACACCCAGAGUAUGUGACCAGUGGGGGAGGCUUUGGACCGGUUGCAGAUGAUGGUUAUGGUGUGGCCUAUGUGAUUAUUGGAGAAAAACUCAUCAAUUUCCACAUCUCUUCCAAGCGUUCCAGUCUAGAGACCGACUCUCAUCGCUUUGGAAACAAUAUCAGACAAGCAAUGCUUGAUAUGCUGGAUCUGUUUCAGCUUGACAAAAGAGACCCAAAGUGAUUUGACUGGUGAAAGGAUUGUGCUUUUAAUGACUAACCUUAAUUAAGUGAAGCGUGAUUUCUUUUUUUUUUUUUUUUUUUUUUUUGCUUUACCUGUGUUGUCCUGUUUGUUUGCAUGUGUCUGUGAGAUGCAGCAUAUAAAGGAGAGAAUUAGGGAGGCAGUGUGAGAAUCUCAUUCUGUUGUUAUAUGUGCUGGUGCCUUAACAUGUGUCUUAACUGAACAGUUCAGUGCAGGUGAUCUAAAGUUAAACUGCAUUUCAUUACCAGGAUGUGCUUUCACUCUUCGCUCGCAGUAUACUUUACUGAGAUGUACAAAUUCUUAGACUGACACUUCAAUAGACGACAUUCUGUUGACUAGAUGUCAAGGAGCAUAGUAAUUUGCUUGGCUGAAGUGUUUAGCUUAUAAAUAAAGCAAAUCGCAGCUCUUUAUUUUUGCUUUUGCUUUGCAUUCUUAUAUUUGCAGUUUUUCAGCUUCAAUAUUAAGUAAUGAAUAGAAAGAUGAGAUUAAGCAGAUGUUAAGUUUCUGAAUACCCCAUGUGUGCACUCAUUUAUAAUGGAUUUUGCUUGACCAGCCUGUUUUUAUUGGUUGGUGUCGUGUUGAUUCAGCAUAAUUGGAAAGGUCUGUUUUAAUUGGUUAAUGUUUAUCAGAGCCUUUAUCACAAUAACUGUAUAUUUGUUUUUAUUUGAUUUCAUUUAUUUUUUUUCCAUCAUAUUUUAUGUUCCUUCUGACUGGUAUAUACUGUAAUGGUUUUGAAAAAUAUUUAAAAAAAAAAAAAA